AUGUCAAAAAUCAAUCCAAUAUCUUUAGCAAAUUUUGAAAAUUUUGAUUAAAAAAUUACAGAUGAGUAAAAUCAACUACAACUAAAUUAAUAAAAAUAAGAAUCAGAUAAAUUAUAAUAAAAGGAAUCGACUGUUUUUAUAAAUUACUUGCAAUCAAAAUAAGAAUCUUAAAGAGCUACGCAAUCAAAUAUAAAUCUAAAAAGACCUGAUGAUAAUUAUCAAGGAAGUAAAUUAUUUGUUUAAUAAUAAGAAAAUGAUAUAAACAACCAAAAAGUUUAGAACUUGUAGUCUUUAUCUGAUAACCAAAGCAUUUAAAGCAUAUAUCUGAGUUCAAAAGAUAAUAAAUAGGAAUAAAAAUUGGAUUAACAGAACAUCAUUACUGAAUAAGCUAAUGAUAAAAAAACAAAUAAUAUUGAAGACAAAGGCAAACAAAGUAAAGAAUAAUAAAAGGAUAUAGUUGAAAUAUUAAAAGGAUCAAAAAAUACUCAAAAAUUAAUGCAGACCUCUUUGUUGAAAAAAAUAUUAAUUUUUCACAAUUUUAGCAGUAUUUUCUUUGUUUACAGUAGUUAAGAAUCUAGACCACUAAGAUUUAGCAUUUUCUACUUAAGAAGUAGAUUAUUAUAGUUUCACUUAUAAACUCUGUUAUUCUGA